AUGAUUGUUCGACGACAGCGACAGGGUCAGGCACGACGGGCCAAAGAGGUGUCCACCCUGGGAUUGACGUUGUGGGCCGGAAUCCUCUUAUGUGGGAGCUACUUGAACGAGUCAGGGGAGCAAACUCUCCACUCAAGCUAUGGCCUAGGGAAGAUGGGAGAGGUCUCUCGAUCAGGGGGACCCGACUGUCCGCCCCGCGCUGUUGAGAACCCGAACAAAUACCCCCUUGCACGACCGGCGAAUCAAUCGAGUUGGCGUUUCGCGGGUAACGAGCACGUUACGAUGGCACGACUAUUACCUACGGCUUGCCCUUGUUGGAAGCGAACCAGGGCCUUUGCAUUAUAUACCCAGGGCAACUGUCCCCCCCUUGUUUUUGCUUCUUUGAGAAUUCCUUUUUAUGCGUCCUAUGUUAUAUUGGAACAAAAUAAACAAAAUUUUGUUUGGACGAGCCGACGGACGACAGGAAUGGAAACGACGGGGAAACAGAAGAUCCGUUGA